GCAUGUGCUACGACCUCCUAAAAUCAUCCGUGGGUUGGCACCUCAUGAUUUCGGCGUCAAAUCAUGAAGAAGAUCAUUUCCGCACAUUGUUGUUACUAACUUUGAAACACGUGGGCAACAGGCACCAUAAAUUCUAAGUAACGAAGCAAUCCUACAGUGUUCCAUACAUACAAUUACCUGGUGCUGCCAUCGCACCCUCAACCCACUUGCUGCGACAGAUUUGCGCCCAUCCAUACAGCGCUAGUGAUGGAAGGGCCGACCUCGAUAUAUUUCCCCCGAGCAGCUCUCGGAGUCGAGUGGAACCCUACGCCCCGGGCCCAUAGAAGAUCAUGACCCCUUUUCCGUUUUCAACAUUGCCAAAUCAUCGCAUCAGGGAGGAUUGUGCCAAAUGCUCAGAGUACGAUGUACUUGAUUGGUCGGAGACGGAUACGGAUGACCUCCCUAGUACGUUCAUGCUCAUACAUGUGAGUCAAGAGACAUCAAGAUCAUCUCUGCGCUAUAGGUCGCUUUUUAAUUAUCAAUGCAGCCGCCGAUCAAUCUGUUGA